AUGGUGCAAUUGCAAGUUUGUGCUGCCACUAUGCAAGAACAACACAGGCACCUCAGAGUUUCAGAAAACCCCAAUUCCUCAACGGACGAUGUUUCAGCAGCUCCGCCGCCUCCGCCGCCGCCACCUUCUAAUCACCGCCGGCCAAGGGUCAGGGAGGUCAGUUCCAGAUUCAUGUCACCCUCAGUUUCCCGGCGUCAGCGGCAGGAAGCGGAUUCCAACUCCACCGAUGAGAAUUCAGAAACCCCAUUCCCAAUUGGGUAUUCCAUUUCUCAGAGGAAACAGAGAGCAGUGAAGCUUUUCAAGGAGAAUAACGGAUUGGAACAUGUGCCUCACCCUCAACCUCACCCUCACCCUUCAAAGUCAUGUUCUGGAAGAAUUGGAAUUGGUAAUAAUAAUAACAAUGCUACACCUUGUGCUUCUUCUAGGCCUGACACUCCCACUCCCACAACUAGUGUGUCUUCAAGAUACAGGCUCACACAUCACAGGUCUAUCAUUAGCAAUGGAAAUUCCUCAGCUGCUUCAAAACUGUUACAAGCCAGUGGCAUGUCAAAUCAAGCCAAGGCCAAUGGUGAUUCAAUUUGCUCCAUUGAUAAUUCUAGUGUGAAUUGCAGCAUACAGUCACUUCCUGAAUUGUGUUCAGAGGGAGAUAGAGAUAGAGAUAGAGAUAGAGAUAGAGAUAUGUUGAUGCCUAAUGUGUCCACUAGAUCAGUGGCUGAAAAAAUUGGGAAUAGUGGGGACUUGAAAUUCCAUGGUUCUUCACCUUUCUAUCGUUCUAUUAGUUUGCCAUCUUCGGGUUGUGAGCACUUGCUUGUUCAUUCCAUAAAAGGGACUGAGAAGCAGCAACCUUCUUCUUUCUCCAAGCAGUUUGGAAAUCAAUCGAAUCAUGUCAAGUUAGGAGGAGGAGGAGGCCUUAGUUUGCCACCAGUUCCUCCUCAGUGUGCAAAACCUGCUGUGGAUAUAAGGAAAGGGAAGAAAGGAUCUAGUCAUCAGGAAGAUGUGCAUUCCCUCAGAUUGCUCUAUAAUCGUUAUCUUCAAUGGAGAUAUGCCAAUGCAAAAGCUGAGUCUGCUAUGAAAGCUCAGCAAAAAGAAAGCGAGAAAGCACUAUAUUCUCAUGCAAUGAGAAUAUCAGAAAUGCGCGAUUCUGUGAAGCGGAAACGCAUUGAGCUGGAGCUUUUGCGGAGAUCUAAGAUUCUGUCAACAAUUCUUGAAGCUCAAAUUCCAUAUCUGGAUGAGUGGUCUGCUUUGGAAGAAGAUUAUUCAGUUUCCAUUACCGAAGCAAUUCAGGCAUUGUUGAAUGCCUCAGUGCAACUUCCAAUUGGUGGGAAUGUUCGGGUUGAUGUAAGAGAGGUGGGGGAGACACUGAAUUCAGGAUUGAAGAUGAUGGAAACAAUUAUUUCCAAUAUCCAAAGAUUCAUGCCAAAGGCGGAAGAAACAGAUAUUUCUAUUUCAGAAUUAGCCAAAGUUGUUGGUGGAGAAAGAGCUCUUAUUGGAGAAUGUGGAGAUUUAUUGUCAAAGACAUACAAGUCACAGGUGGAAGAGUGCAGCUUAAGGGGCCAGCUAAUCCAACUGCAUUCAAUUUGCCAUAAGAAGAAAGAAUAAAAAUACAGAAUAACAGGCA